AUGGUUUUGAAUGAAUUAGGGAACAAGUUAAGAUCUUCCUUGAACUCAAUAAGUAAUAUUGACUCGGAGGAGAUCAGCAACUUGUUGAAAGAAAUAUCUAAUGCAUUAAUUGAAAAUGAUGUUAAUUUCAAAUUGGUCGUAAAUUUAAGAAACAACAUUCAGAAAAAAAUCGAUAAAGAAAUCAAUGACAGUGAUUCAGUGAACAACAAAAGGAAGAAAUUACAGAAAAUUGUUUUCGAUGAAUUAGUUGCCUUGGUUGAUUGUGAAUAUACUCCUGUAAAGAUCAAGAAAGUAUCAACUGCUAAUAAUAAAGUCUCAAAUCCCAAGAGGAAACAAAAAGUGGUCUCCAGUCAUGUUAUAAUGAUGGUUGGUUUGCAAGGGGCUGGUAAGACCACUUCAUGUACAAAGUUGGCAGUCUAUUACAAAAAAAGGGGUUACAAAGUUGGUUUGGUUUGUGCGGAUACAUUCAGAGCUGGUGCUUUCGAUCAAUUAAAACAGAAUGCCAUAAAAUCCAAUAUACCAUUUUAUGGUAGUUAUAUUGAAACAAACCCAGUAAAAAUAUCAUUCGAAGGGGUAAGCAAAUUCAAAAGCGAACAGUUUGAUAUAAUUAUCGUAGAUACUUCUGGUAGACAUCAACAAGAACAAUCAUUGUUCAAUGAAAUGAUCGAGAUAUCUGAGAAAAUUCAACCUAAUCAAACCAUAAUGGUCAUGGAUGGUACCAUAGGUCAAGCCGCUGAAAGUCAAGCCAAAGCUUUCAAAGACGCCUCAGAUUUCGGAUCAAUCAUAUUAACUAAGAUGGAUGGACACGCAAAAGGUGGGGGUGCAAUCUCGGCCAUUGCUUCAACUAAAACCCCCAUCAUAUUUAUAGGGGUGGGUGAACACAUUCAAGAUUUUGAACCAUUCAAUCCCAAAUCAUUCAUUUCAAAAUUAUUAGGUAUUGGAGAUAUCAACUCAUUGAUUGAUCAUGUUAAGUCAUUAAACUUAGAAAACGAUGAAAACCAUAAAAAGACUUUAGAAAACUUCAAGGAGGGUAAAUUCACUUUGAGGGAUUUCCAAACUCAAAUGAACAAUUUCUUGAAGAUGGGUCCAUUGAGUAAUAUUGCUUCGAUGAUACCUGGUAUGUCCAAUUUAAUGUCACAAGUUGGGGAAGAUGAGACAUCAUCCAGAAUCAAAAACAUGAUCUAUAUUAUGGAUUCAAUGACCACCCAAGAAUUGGACUCUGAUGGGAGAAUUUUGCUUGAUCAACCACAAAGAAUCUUAAGAAUUGCCAGAGGUUCAGGUUGCUCCGUUGUUGAAGUCGAGAUGGUCUUGCAACAACAAAAAAUUAUGAGUUCAAUGGCUCAAAAUGCUAAGAAUAUGAAUAUGAAUAAUCAAAAUCCUGGUUUCAAUAGAGCUAUGCAACAAGCCCAAUCAAAUCCAAACUUCAUGCAACAAGCAAUGAAUAUGUUGGGUGGUGCUGGUGGUGCCGGUGCUGGUGGUGCUGGUGGAAUGCCAAACAUGCAACAAAUGAUGAAUAAUCCAGCAAUGAUUCAACAAGCUCAGCAAAUGAUGAGAAAUAACCCUGGAAUGAUGCAACAAGCUCAACAAAUGAUGUCUAACCCUGGGAUGAUGCAAAAAAUGAUGCAACAGUUCGGAGGUGGAGGCUUUUGA